UCAGUAUUGCUCCGGCCUUCAUCCUGUAAACAACUGUAUAUUCUUUGUCGUUAUUAUUCUCUAAAUCACGUGACAAAUAAUAUCGCAUUAUAAAUUUUAAAUUUAUAUAAUCGUGUUUAUUUAUCUAUUCUAAUAAAUAACAAGUUUCACUGAUAGUAACUUUCGAUUUAAAUAAAAAUUACAAAUUUAUUAUUUAACAUAUUUAAUGGUUUAGUUUAAAUCAGUGUGUAUAAACAUGAGUGGAUUUUAUAAAUUCAGUGUUACGUGAGCGCGCAUUUUUUAUUUGUAUUAAAGUAAGUGAUAAGAACCGUGUAAUUAUAUGUUGUGGAUGUUAAACAUUUUUAUAGCUUGAGUAUCAAUUUUUGUUUUAAUUUUUAAAGAACGUUUUUUGUUUGUUUGGUUUUAAAUUUGAAAAAAAAUAACAAACGUGGAUUGACAAGAGAAUAUAUGGAUUGUUAAUUGUUGGACCAAGCUGAUUGAAAAAUUUGAAAUCAUGUCACGCACUGUACAAAGCAUGAUACGAGGAUUUGUGCUAUGAAAAGGUGACAUUUAAGACUGGAGAAAGGACGGUUAUUUGCAUAACAGAAAAAUUGGUUUGAACAUGGCUAAAGGCUCGGAAAGAUUACCUGGUAGUUCAACCAGAAUUAGAACUCGAGAUGAUGGUUGCUGCUCCGUUAAUUUCCUCAAAUAUGUUCUUCAUAUAUAUAACGUUGUUCUAUUUCUUUCUGGACUCGUAGUUGGAGGAAUAGGAAUAUGGACAGUAAUUGCUAAGCACAGCUACAUAUCGCUAAUGGCAACAUCAACGUAUCCAAUCCUUGCAUAUGCUCUUAUUGUCGCCGGAACUCUUGCAGUAAUUGGCAGUUGGCUUGGUUGCGGUGGAGUGUCAUCUGAAAAUCGAUGCGUCUUAUUAAUAUAUAUUUUCGUGGUGAUGGCUGUCUUAGGAUUAGAAGCAGGGGUUGGAGUAUUGGCUAGAUUGCACGAAGAACAAGUUGGCCCGGAGCUAAAGGAUACUCUGAACCGCACUUUCCUAGAAUAUUACUCUGUGAGUUCCCGGGAAACCGCAGCAAUUGACAAAAUGCAGAUUGAAUUUAGAUGCUGUGGAGCUAGGAGAUUUGAAGAUUGGUUAGCGAGUGAGUGGUACAAAGAUGAACAAGUACAACGUGAUGGAAGUUUAGUACCUGACAGUUGUUGCAAAACACCUACAUUACUUUGUGGAAGACGAGAUCAUCCAUCUAAUAUUCAGUACACGGGAUGUAUAUACAAAUUUCUGGAGACGACAAAAGAACACCUGAUUAUUUUAGGAGCCGUCGGUCUCGGUCUCUCCGUUCUUGAAGUCUUUGGUAUUAUUCUUGGUUCCUGCCUUUAUAUAAAGCUACGCCACGAUUUUGAUGACUGAGAAUUACUUUACUACGAAGAUAACAAUAAUAGUCAAACAUGGUGCAGGUAUGCACAACACCAUGUUUGACAGGAAGCACCAGCGUAACGAAAAGAUAUCAAUCAAACAGAAGACAGAGAAACAUAGACAUUUCCGGUUUCUCAACAAUAGUUUUAAAUGAUAUUUUAUUCGUUACGUUGAACGACAUAAAUACAUCUGGAUGGUGUAUCAAUUGAUGACAAGUGUUUCAAUGUGAUUUUAUUUUUAAAAAACUAUAUUAACAUGGUGUUGAUAAAAUCUACAAUCAAUAUUUAAUAAACGAACAGUAAUUGAUUGAAUGAUAAAAUAUAUUGUCAAGGUGCUACCACUUGUUUCUGUACACGAAGAUAUUAUUCUUGUUUGAAAUGCUAUGGUGUCAUAGCAACAAUAAACUAUCUUAGCCAUCUAACGGACACUGAAAUAAACAUGUUUCAAAAAGUACCAUGGCCACAGUAAAAUUUACAAUGGUCACAGUAAUUUAUCAUUUAUAGUCAUUAUAAAUUUUACUAUCGCUAUAAUAAUUUUUAAAUUAUGUUUGUUUCAAUAUCUGAAUAAAUAUACUCAUCUAUAUAAAAACUGCGGUUAAUUGUGAAAAAUUGAUGAGUUUAGUAUAAAAUGAAAUAAAAAAAAAAAUGUUCAAUUUAUAAAAGAAUCUCUAAUUGAUUGUCUAUGUCAAGUAUUCUUGAAUUUUCAUAACGAAAAAUUUCGAAAGCUUUUAACUUUCGAUACCCGCAUGACGAUUGUAUAAAAAUCCACAAAAUUGUGUUCUGUUUAUAAUAAUUAUUAUAAAACAAACGAAAAAUUUUAAUACUGGAAUUAAAUAAUUAAUGAUAUAAUUAUAAUGUAAAUUAGUAAUCAAAUUUAAAGAAAAGAAUUGUAAAAUAGCUUCGUUAGAAAAAAAAAUAUAUAAAAAAUUAUUAACGUAUUUAUCUUACACAGAAUAUUUAAGCAGAUUAAUAUAAUGUAAAUUGAGAUUAAUAACAUAUUAAAAUUGAUAACAAAUUUCAUUAAUCAUUAGACAAAAUAAUUAUCAAUAUAAAAUUAAAAAUAAUUUUUUUAAUUGAUAAAUAUUUUUCAAAAAAUUAACAUACUUUAAAAUUUUCUUGGCGGAUCCAAAUUACGGUAAUAUCCGUAAUUUGGAUUCUCCGUAAAUUUUUGGCAAUCCUGCGGUAUUUUACAGUAAAAGUACGGUACUUUUCGGUGACAGUGCAGUAUUUUACCGCAAUUUUGCAAUAACGUUGCGAUACUUUACCGUAAAUGUGCAGAUUUACUGCAAAAUUACGGGAUUUUACCGUUAUGUGAAGUAAUUCACUGUGUUACGGUAAAAAUGCUACAAAUUGCGGGAAAUUAUCGUAAAAUGUAGCAAAUUUGCAAUUGAAUACGAUAUUUUGCGGGGAAUUGUAAUUAAGAUCCGCUAGGAUUAACUGUAAACCAUAAUUUAAAACUUGAUGUUGCUAAAAAAAAAAGUAUGCUAUGAAAUUUCAAAAUU